AUGCGAAAAAUAUUCUUAUUAUUAUUACUGGUAUUAAUUGUUCAUCUCGGCUCAACUUCACCAACCCACAAACGUAUUUUGGAACAAGAUGAUGGAGUUGAAUUGGAGGUUAGUUGAAAAGCUUCUUGUUUGAUUUUUCGAUUUCCGAAAAAAAAGAAACAAGUCACGCGAAAUACUUUUCAAAAUAAUGUAUUUUUCGCGUGACCCAAUUUGUUUUCUUCAAAAACCAUUUCCAUUUUUUUAGGCCACCAUCGAAGAAAUUGCUCAAAUUGAAAUUGACAGCGACGCCGUUCCAGCCAUCCCAAAACUCAACAGCCAGCAAAAAUGGAGUCUGAUUCGAGAAAGCGGUCAAGAUCCAACCACCCGCCGUAGAAAAUCGAAAAUCGGACGAGGACGACGGGAUUUGAUUCUUGCGCCAUGGCGAAUUCGACACGUUGCGCCAAAACUCACCACUCUCCCACCAAAACCAAAAAAGGCUUUUGCUCUCCCAGUCGAUGUUUGUCCAAAGAAAUUCGACGCAAUCACAAAAGGUUACAACGGUCGGACUUAUGUCUUUGCGCGUGAUCGAGUUUAUCAAAUCUGGUUUGAAGACGGUCUCCCACAAAAAGCAUCAUUCCUUAUCAACGAAUUUUUUGCGGGUGGUCCACGAACUGUCAGCGCUGCUCUCACGAAUUCGCGAUCUGGUGUCACAAUACUCUUCGAUGGUCGUCAAGCCUAUCGCUUCCGCUGGAAUCGCAAACACAAGCGUUUCCAACUCGCUAAAAAUACACCACAAGAGUUGCCGCGUAAUGUCACAGUUACUCCGCAAUCCGCGUUUGAAUGGGCUGAUGGAAAUCAAGUUGUCAUGCAGGUAGAGUUCAAUAUGAGUUGAAAAGAUCUCAAUAUGUUACUGUUUCAGGGUGAACAUUUUAUAAUUUACGACGCUUAUUGGAAUCUUGCCACUUUUACAGGUCACACCCGCAGGUAAUUAUUUUUUUAUUUGUAUUGUAUCGGGAAAUACAUUUAACCAUUUUCAGAUACUUUCCGAAUUUACCACGCGAUUUGUUGGGAAUUGUCUACAACGGUUCUGGAAACACAAUUUUGAUGUACACCAAAACGAACAAACUUAAAGUUUAUGACACGAAAAAAUUCAAAGUCGUUCAAGAAUAUCCGUUAAAACUCAACGAAUUUGUCGGAUGUCUUUCGUCAUAA